UUUUCUUUUCCUCGCGUUUCUUUCGGGGAGGAGAAACAAAACAAAACGAGAUUCUAACGCACAAAGCGAUUACAGAUAACGAUGGAGAACGCCAACCAUUCCUCUGCUGCUCCCUCCGCCACCGCCGCCGCCGCCGCCGACGUUGGCAACGCGAAUCCGAACUCCUCGAGUAGCAGCGGCGUCGGCGUCAGUAAGGCCGUUAGUAACAGUUUGCCGGGCUCGCUCAAGGCCCUGAACAGAGCCUCUUACAAGAUCUCCAAGCCCCUUCCCAGAAACCCUAGCGCCAACCCUAACCCGGUGGCUGAAAAGCUCGUAGCUUCUCCGGAGGUCCCGACGAGUGCCAGUGGUAGCUGCGGUGGUGGGCCCCCGUACCAGCCGCAGCCGCCGGUCUACAACAUCGACAAGAACGAUUUCCGCGACGUCGUCCAAAAGCUCACCGGGUCCCCUGCUCACAGCCAGAUCCGCCCUCCGCCUGCAGAGAUGCCUCCGCCGCCGCACCCUCCUCGUCCUUCUUCGAACGCAUCCCUCGUCCCCCCGCCCGUCCCCCCGACCUCCCGUCUCCACCGCAUCCGGCCACCGCCGCUCGCCCAUCUCACCCCUCGCCCUCCCCUUCCCAUGGUCCCAGGGCAACCGCUGCCGGCCGUGGAUCCUUGGACGCGGCCGCUGCUGUCCCCGCUGCCGCCGCUUCCUACAGUUAGCGCUGCGGCCGAGUCGCCGAUCUCAGCUUACAUGCGCCGCCUCCGCGGUGGCAGCGCCGGGCUUCCGGUCUAUGCUCCAUCCUCUACGGUGGCGCCGAUGCUCCCACCUCCUAGCUCGCCACUGGGGUUCGGAUGCCUGCUGUCGCCGCAGACGACCUAUCAGAUGAUGAUGGCGGCACCAGGGCUACAGUUACCGACCUCGCCGGGGGUGCAAGUACCAAACCCUCGGCUGGGAGAUCCCUGAUGUCUUCAUAGACAUGGUUUUCUGUAGCUGCCCUCGCCAGAGGUAAUCCAUUUCUUUGCCGGAGUAGCUACAGCUUCAUCCUUAUGUGCUAGCUAGUGUACUAUGUACAAAUAGUUAACUGCUUUAAGAACUUAGCAUUUGAUGAUAAGGGCGAAAAUGCAUAUCCCUGAAAAUCUAUUAUGUGUAUCUGAAAGCCUUCAAAUUAGAUUCCUUUAUGUUGAGAAAGAAAGAAAAAGUUAUGUUUGAUUGCA